AUGGCCACCAAGUACACCCUCCCACCGCUUCCCUACGCCUACGAGGCCCUCGAACCCAUCAUCUCCAAACAGAUCAUGGAACUCCACCACCAAAAACACCACCAAACCUACAUCACGAACCUCAACGCCGCGCUCGCCGCGCAGACCACCGCCCUGCAGGCCAACGACGUCCCGCAGCUCAUCGCCCUGCAGCAGAAGAUCAAGUUCAACGGCGGCGGCCACAUCAACCACUCGCUCUUCUGGAAGAACCUCGCGCCGCCCGGCGACCCGCAGACGCGCCUCGACGCCGCCGCGCCCGCCCUCAAGGCCGCCAUCGAGCAGCGCUGGGGCUCCGUGCAGGGCUUCACCGAGGCGUUCGGCGCUACCCUGCUGGCCAUCCAGGGUAGUGGCUGGGGGUGGUUGGUGAGUAGCGGGCCGCGGGGGAAGUUGGACAUCACCACGACCAAGGACCAGGAUCCGGUGACGGGGGCUACGCCGGUGUUUGGGGUGGAUAUGUGGGAGCAUGCGUACUAUCUGCAGUACUAUAACAACAAGGCCGCCUACGUCGAGGGCAUCUGGAAGAUCAUCAACUGGGCCACCGCCGAGGAACGAUACAAGAAUGGCGUCGAGGGACCGUCGAUCCUCAAGUUGUAG